AGGCAGACCAACACCGAGGCAUAUCUCGCACAGGCCGCACAACCGCCCCAUUCUUCCCAGCCAAGUUCAUGUACUGAACAUUAGUGGAGUCUGCAUAGCACAGCCUGCCAACGCGGUCACCGACAUUCACGCUGGUGAGGAAACAUUGAGGUUGCAAAGACGUGCGGGGCCACGACAGGUACACGCACACAGAGCAGACAGAAGGACGGAGCGCCUGAGCCCGCCCGAGUCUUUCUGUAGUCACUCAAUUUCGAUCACAACGGUCGGCGGCUCGCAGCAUUCGGUGAUGGCUCACAAGCGUGCUGCGUGCCAGGCCGAGUAGGAAUUCCGUUGGCUGCUUUUUUUGGCCCCCCUCAUCAGGCCCAAAUGCGAGAACGAGGCAAGGGGCGGCCGCACGUUCACGACCGCUUCGACCGCCCGCGACAACUCGGUGGACCUUCUGCUGCUCGCCUUCGCUUCGACUCGAGGCCACACAGCGAGGGACUGCGUGGAUGUGCGAGGCCCGACAUUCCUGGCCCUUUCCCGUCCGCGCUCUUUCCCACCCAUGAACAAGCGCCCUCCCCUCAGUAUCCUUCGCCCCUUUCCCCUGCAUCCUUUCAGCUUCCUUCAUCUCUCUCUUCCUCCUCCUAUUCUCCACCAUCAAAAGGUCCUGUUGAAAGGCUCACCCCCCUUUCGAGGGCUCGAAACGCCACCAUGACGUCGUCCAAAGCGCCAUCGUCCAAGGCGCCACCAGACAAGUCAAAAAAUCCCGCCUCGGGCAACACUACCGGCACACUGCCCAAGAACAAGCCCUUCAAUUCCGAACUUGUUUGCCAGAAAUGCGAGAAGAUCAAGCCACGGGAUGCGUACAAUCGAGACAAGAUCAGGAAGCUGGACUUCCUCUACAGGAAGCACGUCAAGCUCCACGGCGAGGCCACCGCCGAGUACGCCAUCACCUGCGGCGAGUGCGCUUGUAAGGAGCACGAGGAGCAAAUGAGGCAGAAGCGACAAUGCAGCAAAUGCGGCGUGACCAGGUCCUUAUACAAGUCUUUUCCACUCGCGGCGCGCAAGACCCUCAAUGACAAACCAGUAACCUGCAACUAUUGCAUAAAGACACGAGAAACCUUUGUCGAAUCCAGCGACGAUGACUCGGAGCUCGAUGUCUCCCACCUCAGGCUCGAAGACUCUGACAGCGAUGGCGACCCCGGCGUCGCUCGCGCGCCUCUUGCCGAAUCCACGCCCCCAAGUCACGGUGGUUCUUCUCCAUCCAGCUUUGGCACGCCCGAGUCCCGCUCGCCACCAGAGCACCAGCCUGAGGAGCUCGAUGAAGUCGAUCUCACUCGCCGCCUUGAGGGCCUCGAGCUUAGUGCACCAUCAAGCGAGGGUAAGCAGGACACCACGAUAGCCGAGAGGCAAGACAGCAACAAACGACAAUUGGCUCGUGUGCCCGUAACUGACAAAGCUUCAGGCGCUACUUCUAUCGACAAAUCGUCCGCGGCGAGCCGAUGGGCGAAAUUGUCAAGCUCAAGUGCAGAAACGAGUGCGGUUUCGUCGAAAGCUGCGAGCAAGUGGGCACCGCCACCUCAGAAGGCCGAUCAAUUUCCCGGCAAUCCCCUCGAAUACGCUAUCAACAAUCCUUUUACGCCACCACCAAGCCCCGAACAGAAGAGAAAGUCUCUGGUCGGCCUAUCGGGACCACGAAGAGGAAUGAACCGCCCGUCCAUCACGGUAACACGCACCGACGUGCCUUCUUUUCACCCUUGGCCUUCGACGACGACUGGUCUCGCUACAUCGCCUGCAAUCUACAAUCCUGUCCCUCAGCCCUUCCUAGGUCAUCAGUCACUGGGUUUGCAGCUUCAACGAAUGUCGAGGCAGCAAGCAAUGACAGAGACGGAUCUGCAAAGCGACCUUCUCGUCGCGCACUCGAUGUGCAAGGACCCCCAAGAGAGGGACAGGCUGCUCAGCCUCUUGGAGAGUAUUCAGUUGUCCAAGACACGAAACUCCAGUAGUGGCACGAUCAGCGUUGAUAUCGCAGAGGUCGACACCAUCAAGUCAAGUGUCGACACCGGCAUUCGUCACGACCUCAACCCGACCCCUUCUGAGCCCUCGUCCUUGGACAGCAAGUGGGCCACCCGCUCGUCUGAAGCCCUAGCACCAUCGUCGCCAUCGGGCCCGGCCAAGAAACCCAUAAAGAAGGAUUGGAAGACCAUGAUAAAUGAGCUCAUUGAUGGACACAUCGGUGUCCACGACGGCCCAGCCCCAAGUUUCGGCCAGAAACAAAGGAAGGCAUUGAGCCAAAAGGAUCAAAGCCCGACUCAGAGCUUGUCUGUCGGCGCUCGUUUACCUGCAGACCAGACUCAGGGCUUGUCUGUCGGCGCGCAAAAGGUCGCCGUGGUCCCUCCUGCCCCUGUCCUCUAUAGUGACUUCGACUGCCCACCACCCUCCCAUCCCCCUCGCCUCACCGGGACGAACAAAUUGGCCUCGGGCGACUCUGGCUGGGGCGCGCGGGCAGGUGCGUCGACUUCGGGAGCUGGCUCCCAGAUGGACAGGACAAAGUGCUCAGACGACUUCCCGCCUCCUCGCGCCCCUCGAGCCCACGCUCUGCCACCUCCGCCUGCAUCUGGCGCUAACCCGUUCGACAACCCUCCUCCGACGAAGCCUCCCAAGCUCACGGGCACCAACGCCGGAGUGACGAGCGGGAGUGGCUGGGGCGCUCGGGCAGCAAAGCCUCUCUAGACGUCUCUCUGACUUACAUACAUAAGCUCGCCCCAUUGAACCGUGUCAAAUCCUUCCUCACUGAUUCUCUAAAAAGAUUACCCUUGUGGCAGUCAUUGGUCUUUUUCCGGAGAAAUCCUCGCGUGACAGGCGUCUGCAGUCGUUGG